AUGGAGAGCCUGCCCGACGGGAUGUUCCCCUCGCUGCCGCGGCUGCGCUGGCUGGAUGCGCGGGGCAACGUGCUGCGAGUGCUGCCCGCCACCGUGGCGCGCCACCGCUGCCUCGAGGUGCUGCUGCUGCAGGGCAACCGACUGCGCGAGCUGCCCCCGGAGCUGGGGCUGGUGCCGGGGCUGCGGGGACUCCAGCUGGCGGGCAACCCCCUCCGCUCCCCCCCGGCCGAGGUGGUGGGGCGCGGCGUGAGGGCCGUGCUCUCCUUCCUGCGGGAGCAGUGGGCGCUGCUCGGGAGCCCCCCUCCCCCCGCGCGGCCGGUGCAGGAGCUCGUCUGCACCAGCGCCAGGAGAGGCGGUGCGUGCAGCGGUGCUGGCGGGGCGAGGCCGCGGAGAGGCGCGACGGCCCGGGCCAGGCGCCCGGUAAGGGCCCCCCGCCCCGAGGCGAGGUCCGCGGAGCCGCCCUCCAUCGCGGUGCGGGGCCGGCGCUGCAGCGGGGAGCCGGCUGCCCCCGGCACCACCCCGGCCCUCACCCGCGGCCGGGAGUCCCCGGAGUUGAGAACAGACGAGGACUUUCGGCAGUUGAACGAGUUCCGGAGCGUCCAGGAGAAGAUCUUCCACCUGUGGCCUUCUCAGUCGUCUGAGUUUGUCGACAGUGACAAGAUGCAGCUCAGGAUACAAGAGACGCACCUGAAGCAGGCAUGCGUCAGCCGGCUCAAAGAGAUGCUGCGCGUGGUUCCGCCUUACGACACGGACCCCGACUACUCGCGCAUGCUGUGCCGUGCCGAGUCCCGCGACCCGCGCGCCAGGCUGAAGAAGAGCGUCGCGUCCGACGCCGGAAACCCCCGCAGGAGCCUGGACGAGGAGGUGGAGGAAAUGCUGAGCCAGCUUCGCCAGCCGGCGCGGGCCGCCGGCCAGCUGUCCCCCCGCUCGCAGCAGAGGGCCCUGCACUCCGAGAUACACGAGCUGACGGAGUUGCAGAGGCGGCUUCAGGCCCUGAAAGUGCGCAACGACUCUGCGCUCAGACCCACGACUGCCGCACGGAAGAAGUAG